AUGUCGUCUUUCAAUGGCAAAGUGAUCGCCAUCACAGGGGCAGCCUCAGGUAUGGGGCUUGCCACAGCCCAACUCCUCGCAUCACGCGGGGCACACAUCUCACUGGCCGAUCUCAACGAGGAUGGCCUUAAGAACGCAAUGUCUACGCUUGCAGGCUCUGAAGACAGCGAGCGACAUCUCUACACUGUUGUCGAUGUGCGGAAAACUGCCUCCGUGGAUUCCUGGAUCGAAGCAACAGUCCAGAAAUUCGGCACUUUGAAUGGUGCGGUGAACAUGGCGGGCGUGAUCGCCAAGGCGACGCCCAUUGCGGAUGCGAGCGACGAGGAUUGGGAGUUCGUAAUGGGUGUCAAUGCGACGGGAGUGUUUCGGUGUUUGAGAGCCCAGUUGAGGGCGAUGAGCGGGAAAGGAGGGAGCAUUGUAUCGGCAGCAAGUACAUUCGGCCAAAUCGGUGCACCCGGGAACGUAGCAUAUUGUGCAAGCAAAGCAGCAGUCAUUGCAGCAAUGCGGACGGCGGCAAAGGAACACCAACAUAUCAGAGUCAACUGCGUGGCUCCAGGCUCGGUUAAUACGCCUUUAUCGGCCAGUGAAGAUCCAGAGGACGUGAAACGUGGGCUACAAAUCACAGCACAGAAGCGAAGAGCAGAGCCGGUUGAGAUAGCCAAUGUCAUUGCGUUCCUGCUAAGUGACGAGGCUUCCUUCGUGACUGGAGCGGUUUAUAAUGUUGAUGGUGGAUGGGUGUGUUGA